AUGGGGCUAAGAGCGGCCAGCCUCUUCCUUCUCUGGCUGGCUCUUUCCUCUGCUAGUGAAAUAAAAAAAGGAAGGACAAGAAGCCAUGGCCACUAUGUCUGCAGCACUUGGGGAAACAACCAUUUCAAGACUUUUGAUGGAGACAUCUACCAAUUCCCUGGCCUUUGCGAGUAUAAUUUUGUUUCCGACUGCCGAGAGGCUUACAAGGAGUUCUCUGUCCACAUCCAGCGUGCUCUCGACAGCAAUGGCCAUCCUGAGAUCCAGUAUAUUCUGAUGAAAAUCAAGGAUAUAAUGGUCUACCUCAAACCCAACCUGGUUGUGGUGGAUGGGCGGAUUGUGAAGACACCUUACUACUCCUCUGGUGUCCUCAUUGAGAGCAAUGAAAUUUACACCAAGAUUUAUGCCAAAUUAGGCAUGGUUCUGAUGUGGAACCAGCAGGAUGCCCUCAUGGUGGAGCUGGACAACAAAUUUAAUAACCAUACCUGUGGUCUCUGUGGGGAUUACAAUGGCAUUCAAAUCUACAAUGAGUUCAUCAAGGGAGAUGCAAGCUACAAUUCAAUUACAUAUGGGAAUAUGCAGAAGAUCAGCAAACCCAAUUCCAAAUGUGAAGAUCCAGAUGAAACUCAGGCUCUUCCAAGCUGUAAUGAGCAUCGUGACGAGUGUCAGAAGUUGCUGACCUCCUCUGCAUUUGCUGACUGUCGGCUGCGUCUUAAUUUGGAGAUGUACAUCCAAGCGUGCAUGCAGGACAAGUGUGCCUGCAAUGGGAAGGACGACUCCUUCUGCCUCUGCAGCACCAUCUCCGAGUAUUCCCGCCAGUGCUCGCACGCAGGCGGCCGCCCGGGAGAAUGGAGGACACAGAGCUUCUGCCCCAAGACCUGUCCUGCUACCAUGGUCUAUAGAGAAAGCAGCUCACCCUGCAUGGAUACUUGCUCACACUUGCAGAUCAGCAGCCUUUGUGAGGAGCACUACAUGGAUGGCUGUUUCUGCCCUGAAGGAACUGUGUAUGAUGAUAUCAGUGAAAAAGGCUGCAUCCCUGUUAGCCAGUGCUACUGCAAACUUGGUGGAAAGAGUUAUGCACCUGGAGAAAGCAUUUCCAAAGAAUGUGAAGAAUGCACCUGUAAUUCAGGCAGAUGGACCUGCAAAGAUCUGCCCUGCCCAGGCACAUGCUCAGUGGAAGGAGGUUCCCAUUUUACCACCUUUGAUGGGAAGAAAUACACCUUCCAUGGAGACUGCUACUAUGUGUUGGCCAAGGGUACUGCAAAUGAGAGUUAUGCUCUCCUGGCAGAACUGGCUCCCUGUGGCUCCACAGACAAACAGACCUGCUUGAAGACUGUUGUGCUGUUAGUGGAUAACAAAAAGAAUGUGGUGGUUUUCAGAUCAGAUGGCAGCGUGCUCCUGAACGAGAUGACAGUGAAUGUGCCUCAUGUGUCAACCAGCUUCUCAGUAUUCAAGCCGUCUUCCAACUACUUUGUUGUACAAACUCCAUUUGGGCUUCAGAUGCAGAUCCAGCUGUUUCGAGUCAUGCAGCUGUUUGUGACUGUGGAUCAAUCAGUUAAAGGAAAACUUCAAGGUCUUUGUGGAAACUUCAAUGGAAUGGAAGGUGAUGACUUUAGAACAACCAGUGGGCUGAUUGAGGCUACAGGAUCUGCCUUUGCUAACACAUGGAAAGCUCAGUCCACCUGCACAGACCAGGCAGAAAAGCUGGAAGAUCCCUGCAGUCUCAGCAUUGAAAGUGCAAAUUAUGCUGAGCAUUGGUGCUCUUUGCUGAGAAACCCAAAGGGUCCUUUUGCAAGAUGUCACAUAGCCGUUGAUCCUUCAGAAUACUAUAAGAAAUGUAAAUAUGACACCUGCCUCUGUGAAGACAAUGAAGAAUGUUUGUGUGCUGCCCUGUCCUCUUACUCAAGAGCCUGUGCUUUCAAAGGGAUCAUACUGGGAGACUGGAGAAAGAGUGUUUGCAGUAAUGAAGCAUCUUCCUGCCCAGGAAAUCAAGUCUUCCUUUACAACCUUACAAUGUGCCAGCAAACCUGUCGCUCCCUUGCUGAUGGUGAAAAGUAUUGCUUGCAAGACUUUGCCCCUGUGGAUGGCUGUGGCUGCCCAUCCAAUACAUACUUGGAUAACCAGGAUAACUGUGUGCCCAUCUCCCAGUGCCCAUGUUAUUACAAGGGAUCAUACCUGGAACCUGGGGAGUAUUUCACAAAAGAUGGAGAACGCUGUGUUUGCCGAAAUGCAAAGAUCCAGUGCACUUCAGUGAAAUUAAGAAUGAGAAGUGAAGCAGAAUGUUCUUCUAACAAGACAUACUUUGACUGCAAUGCAUUCUCGAAGUGGACUUCCCAAACACCUCUGCAACUUAGCUGUCAUACUCCUCAAACCGAUCAUUUCCAGACAGAGUGUGUCUCAGGCUGUGUGUGCCCUGAAGGUCUGUUUGAUGAUGGCAGAGGGGGCUGUGUUGAGCAAAAAGAUUGCCCAUGCAUUCACAACAAUGAGUGGUAUUAUUCUGGAGGCAAGAUAAAAGUGGACUGCAACACCUGCACCUGCCAGAAAGGGGUUUGGAAAUGCACUGAGGACGUGUGCUAUGGGACUUGUAUGAUAUAUGGAAGUGGCCAUUAUAACACUUUUGAUGGGAAAUUCUAUGACUUUGAUGGGAGCUGUGAAUAUGUGGCUACUCAGGACUUCUGCGGUGACAAAAAUUCCAGUGGCUCAUUCAGUAUCAUCACAGAAAAUGUUCCUUGUGGAACUACAGGAGUCACCUGCUCAAAGGCUAUCAAAAUGUUCCUAGGGAAAACUGAGCUGAAAUUGGAGAACAAAGAGUCCAAAGCAAUUCAGCGAGAUGUUGGUGAUGAUGUGCAGUAUUGGAACAGGACAGUCGGCCUGUACCUGGUUAUUGAGGCUAGCAAUGGUGUGAUGCUGAUCUGGGACAAAAAGACUACUGUUUUCAUCAAGCUGAGCCCUGAUUACAAGGGUAAAGUGUGUGGUCUGUGUGGCAACUUUGAUGACAAGGCAAACAAUGAUUUUACAACAAGGAGUGGACUGCAGGACAAUAAUCCUCUGAAUUUUGGAAAUUCCUGGAAACAAUCUCCCAUGUGCCCAGAUGUCACACAAGAGAUUAAGCCCUGUGAUCUGAAACCACACCGGAAGUCUUGGGCAGAGAAAGAAUGCAGCAUCAUCCAGAGUGAUGUCUUCAAAAUUUGUCACUCCAAGGUGGACCCACUUCCUUACUAUGAGGCUUGUGUUCAUGAUGCCUGCUCCUGUGACAGCGGUGGGGACUGCGAGUGCUUCUGCUCUGCAGUUGCAGCGUAUGCCCAAGAGUGCAUCAAGGCUGAGGCCUGUGUUUUCUGGAGAACUCCUGAUAUCUGCCCGAUAUUCUGUGACUACUACAACCCUCGCAACGAGUGUGACUGGCACUAUGAGCCUUGUGGCAGUAAUAUCACAACUUGCAGGAUGAUCAAUAAUGUCAGCACCAACUUUACAGUACCAUUACUGGAAGGUUGCUACCCCAGAUGCCCUAAGGACAAGCCUAUUUACAAUGAAGACACAAAGCAAUGUGUGACUGAAGAUCAAUGUGGAUGUUACCUCGAGGAUGGAACCUAUGUGCCCCCUUGGCAAGAAAUACCCACAGAGGAAAACUGUACAACAUGUAUCUGUGUCCCAUCAGGAUCCAUAGAGUGUAAACCGGUCCCAGGAUGUCCUUGUGUCAUCAAUGGAACGAGUUAUGAAGAGGGUGCUACUGUGGGAGUCGUACAGGACGGUGACACAUGUACAAGAUACAUUUGUGCAGAAAAUGGCUCUGUAGUUCCUGUUGAAGUCUAUCCCUGUCCAACAUCUUCACCUACAACCAUUUCAACCUCCUCCCCUCACAGUACUCUUACCACCACCACCACAGUUUCCACCACAAGCCGCCCAGUCACUACAACUCCAUGCGUAGUCACAGAACUAAUCUGUGAUUGGACAGAGUGGUUUGAUGUUAGUAAACCUGAAGAAGGUGGUGGUGACUACGAAACAUAUGAUGAAAUAAGAAAACAUGGAAACAAAAUAUGUACAGCUCCCGAAGAAAUUGAAUGCAGGGCUAAGGAUAAACCUGAUGUGAGCUUAGAAGAACUUGGUCAGAAAGUAGAGUGCAAUGUUAAAUAUGGGCUAAUCUGUAAAAAUGAUGAGCAAGAUGUAACUAUGUGGCCACUUUGCUAUAAUUAUGAAAUCAGAGUAAACUGUUGUGAGUGGCAAGAAAUUCCUUGUGAGCAUACAACUACACCUACUGUACCUUCAACUUCAACCACCACCCAGACAACAAUAGCCAGCACCACUACAACCAGGACUUCAACAGAAAUUACCACCCGGCCGAUAGACAUCCAUUCCACAACAUGUGACCCCAUAUCCAUCCACACCAAGCACACCACAAUCGACAACCACUCCUACGCCGCCAGAGACUCCCACCACCACCACCAGCACCCCGACAACAACCACCACUACUACUGGAUCAACAAAGCCCACCUCAACUACUUCAAGCACAUCCUCACCAACACCAACAUACACCACCACCACACCAACUCCAGGCACACCGAGCACAGCAUCCCCUACAUCGGAAUGGACAACCACUUCCAAAUCACCGGAGACUCUCAGCAGCACCACGACAACCACCAGCACCAGUACCACGACAACCACCAGCACCAGCAGCAGCAUCACCACCAGCAGAGCACCGACGACAACAACAACAACUGUUCCAACAACCAUCCGAACUCCUGCACAUGCUUUCCCAGUGCGUGUGAGUGCAUCUGGACAGACUGGAUUGAUGUGACUUAUCCAGAUGCUUCUGACAAGAAUAGUGGUGACUACGAAACCUUUGAGAACAUUUGGAAGAAAUACCCCUCCUGGGAUUGUGCAAAAGUUGAGAAUAUUUCAUGCCGAGCAGAGAAAUUCCCUAGCACUUCCAUUGCAGAUUUAGGGCAGAAAGUGGAAUGUAAUGUUAACGUAGGGCUCAUUUGUAACAAUAAAGAUCAGCAGAUAGGAGGUAUAAUACCAAUGCCGGUGUGCCUCAACUAUGAGAUCAGUGUCUGCUGCACCCCCAACAAACCAGAGUGUCUUCCAACUCCAAGCACCACGAGCACCACAACUUCCACAGCUUCCACCACAACGAGCAGUGUGUCCCCUCCAAUAUCAACCACCGCUCCAACAUCAACAUCAGUGGAGACUCGCAGCCCUACCAUCACCACCACCACCACCACCACCUGGGUGCCCCCCAGCAGCACCACCACUAGUGGCAGCACCUCAGAGACAACAAGAACUGCUCCUGUCUCAACAACACCCGUUUCAACUACUUCAAGCACAUCCACGCCCACACCAACCUACACCACCACCACCUCACCAACUCCAGGCACAACUCCAUCCACACCAAGCACACCACCAUCGACAACCUCUCCCUCAACACCGGAGACUCUCACUACCACCACCAGCCCUCCAACCACAACCACAACCACAACAAGAACACCAACGGUUACUGGAUCUUCAAUGACCACAUCAAGUCCUGGAAGCACAACUCCAUCCACACCAAGCACACCACAAUCGACAACCUCUCCCUCGACACCGGAGACUCUCACCACCACGUCCAGUACCACGAUGCCCCCCAGCAGCACCACCAGCAUCAGCACCCCGAGCACAACAACUGUUACUGGAUCACCAACACCCACCUCAACUACUCCAAGCACAUCCACGCCCACACCCACAUACACCACCACCACAUCAAUUCCAGGUACUUCUACAUUUUGUGCUCUCACAUGUUUCCCUGCUUCGUGUGAGUGCAUCUGGACAGACUGGAUUGAUGUGACUUAUCCAGAUGCUUCUGACAAGAAUAGUGGUGACUACGAAACCUUUGAGAACAUUUGGAAGAAAUACCCCUCCUGGGAUUGUGCAAAAGUUGAGAAUAUUUCAUGCCGAGCAGAGAAAUUCCCUAGCACUUCCAUUGCAGAUUUAGGGCAGAAAGUGGAAUGUAAUGUUAACGUAGGGCUCAUUUGUAACAAUAAAGAUCAGCAGAUAGGAGGUAUAAUACCAAUGCCGGUGUGCCUCAACUAUGAGAUCAGUGUCUGCUGCACCCCCAACAAACCAGAGUGUCUUCCAACUCCAAGCACCACGAGCACCACAACUUCCACAGCUUCCACCACAACGAGCAGUGUGUCCCCUCCAAUAUCAACCACCGCUCCAACAUCAACAUCAGUGGAGACUCGCAGCCCUACCAUCACCACCACCACCACCAGGGUGCCCCCCAGCAGCACCACCACUAGUGGCAGCACCUCAGAGACAACAAGAACUGCUCCUGUCUCAACAACACCCGUUUCAACUACUUCAAGCACAUCCACGCCCACACCAACCUACACUACCACCACCACCUCACCAACUCCAGGCACAACUCCAUCCACACCAAGCACAGCAUCCCCUACAGCAGAAUUGCCCACCACGUCCCUGGAGACUUCCAGCAGCACCACCACCACCCCCAGCACCAGCACCCCGGCAACGAAAACCAGUCUUAUUGGAUCACCAACGCCCACCUCAACUACUUCAAGCACAUCUUCACCAUCACCAACAUACACCACCUCCUUAUCAACUCCAGGCACACCUCCAUCCACACUGAGCACACCAAAAUCAACAACCACUACCUUGCCGCCGGAGACUACCACCACCACCACCAGCCCUCCGAGGACCACAACCACUGUUCCUGGAUCAACAACAACCAUCUCAACUCCUCAAAGCACAGAAAGCACAUCCACACUGAGCACACCAAAAUCGACAACCACUACCUCGCCAACGGAGACUCCCACCACCACCACCAGCCCUCCAACCACAACCACUGGUCCUGGAUCAACAACAACCAUCUCAACUCCUCAAAGCCUUCUCAGUGUUAGUUGUUUUCAGCUGUUAAACAUCCCCAUAUCCAUCCACACCGAGCACACCACAAUCGACAACCACUCCUACGCCGCCAGAGACUCCCACCACCACCAUCAGCACCCCGACAACAACCACCACUACUACUGGAUCAACAAAGCCCACCUCAACUACUUCAAGCACAUCCUCACCAACACCAACAUACACCACCACCACACCAACUCCAGUCCCACCUUCAUCCACGACGAGCACACCAAAAUCAACGACGACUCUGCCACCAGAGACCUCCACCUCUGCCACCAGCGCUCUGAGCACAACAACCACUGCUACUGGAUCAACAACACCCACCUCAACUACUUCAAGCACAUCCUCACCAACACCAACAUACACCACCACUACAUCAACUCCAGGUACAUGAGCACCUCAAAUUGCACACCUCCAUCCACACUGAGCACGCCAAAAUCGACAACCUCUCCCUCGACACCGGAGACUCUCACCACCACCACCAGCCCUCCAAGCACCACAACCACUGUUCCAACUACCACCACAAAUCCUGAAAAUAUUUCCACCAGAACCCCGUCGGGUCCACCCACUGAAGCAAUAAAGACACCUGAACCAGAGACACCGACAACAACAAGCAUUCCAGUUACUCCUUCAGUUACCCCACUGCCAACAACAAGAACGACAGAAAUAAGUACCGUGUCUAUUGCAAGCACCACUAGUCAACAGUCAACAUCACCAGUGUCAACAAGCCCAGUGACAGCUACCACAUCUGAGGUCACUAAAACAGGAUCAACCCCCAAGACCACCACUUCAGGUCCCACACCCUCAAGUUCCACCAGCACCACACCAGUAACAGAAACUCCUAUCCAUGAGACCACUACCACCAGGACCUCAAGCCCUCCAACAGGAUUAUCUACCACCACUUCCAGCCCUGGCACCACCACAACCUCGGGACCAAGCAGCCCUACAGCAACACAGCCACCAGUAUCGACAACCCCAUUCACUGGAACAGGAUCAACCCCCAAGACCACCACUUCAGGCCCCACACCCUCAAGUUCCACCAGCACCACACCAGUAACAGAAACUCCUAUCCAUGAGACCACUACCACCAGGACCUCAAGCCCUCCAACAGGAUUAUCUACCACCACUUCCAGCCCUGGCACCACCACAACCUCGGGACCAAGCAGCCCUACAGCAACACAGCCACCAGUAUCGACAACUCCAUUCACUGGAACAGGAUCAACCCCCAAGACCACCACUUCAGGCCCCACACCCUCAAGUUCCACCAGCACCACACCAGUAACAGAAACUCCUAUCCAUGAGACCACUACCACCAGGACCUCAAGCCCUCCAACAGGAUUAUCUACCACCACUUCCAGCCCUGGCACCACCACAACCUUGGGACCAAGCAGCCCUACAGCAACACAGCCACCAGUAUCGACAACCCCAUUCACUGGAACAGGAUCAACCCCCAAGACCACCACUUCAGGCCCCACACCCUCAGUGUCCACUCCCCCUACCACCACAGUAGGAACAGAAAUAAGUACUCCAACCACGACCUCUGCAACUGUUACGACUCCAACAUCACCUACAUCAACCAGCCCCGUGUCAACCACUACCGCUGGUACUACUCCAACAGAAAGCUUUACCACCACUUCAGGAACCACCUCUAGUAGUUCUAUCACAAUCAAUGCUACAACCACCAUCUCCACAACCUUCAAAACCCUGCCGCCUGUCUCAACUACUACAUCUGGGCCUACUGCAACAUCAACUGCAGUCACCACUACAGAAAGUUCUACACACAGUGCAACUCCUCCAGUUAAUGGGUCAACUACAGGUCUAACACCAACCACUCCCAAAAAAACUUGUACUAUUUUCCCUAAUGAAACUUAUGAGCAAGGUGACUCGUGGAUACUCUGUAACUGCACUAAGGUUAUAUGUAUAGAAGACAACAUUGUCCAGGUGAUUCCAAUAAUCUGCAAUCCACCCCCGAAACCCACGUGUUCCAAUGGACUGUCUCCUGUGCCAGUCAUGGAUGAGGAUGGAUGCUGUUGGCACUGGGAGUGUGAUUGCUACUGCACUGGCUGGGGAGAUCCACAUUACAUGACUUUUGAUGGACUAUACUACAGCUAUCAAGGGAAUUGUACAUAUGUCCUUGUGGAAGAGAUCAAUAAGAAAGUUGACAACUUUGGUGUCUACAUUGAUAACUACCAUUGCGAUGCACGGGAUGUAGUGUCCUGUCCUCGAACGCUCAUUGUGAGACAUGAGACUCAGGAAGUGAGGCUAACAACAGCACAACCAAAUACUCUACAAGUAGAGGUUACAGUAAACAACCAGCUCGUGUCUUUGCCUUACAAGAAGUUUGGUGUGAGCAUCUAUGAGUCAGGCAUAAAUAGUGUUGUGGAAAUUCCUGAGCUGAAAAUGAAUGUGACCUACAAUGGCUUGUCCUUUUCUAUCAGAAUGCCCUACAGCCUGUUUGGCAACAAUACCCAGGGACAGUGUGGUACUUGCAAUAACAACACGGCAGAUGACUGCAUGCUGCCAAAUGGAAACAUUGCAGAAAACUGUGAAACCAUGGCAGAUCAUUGGCAAGUUGUUGAUCCUUCCAAACCACAGUGCUCUCCAGGCCUAGUUCCUACAGGUUCACCUAGCACAACACCAACACAGCCUUGCAAAGAAUCGUCCAUCUGUGAGCUUAUUUUGGGAAGUGUGUUCAAGCCAUGCCAUGCAUUUGUCCAGCCUGAGAAGUACUAUGCAGCCUGCGUUUUUGAUAGCUGUGUACUUCCCAACCUAGACCUGGAAUGCUCAAGUCUGCAGAUCUAUGCUGCCACCUGUGCUGAUCAAGGCGCGUGCAUUGACUGGAGAAAACACACGAAUGGUGUAUGCUGUAAGUAUGAAUGUCCUUCAGGUAAAGAAUAUAGAGCAUGUGGUCCUAUUAAAGAGACGACCUGCAAAUCAAGAGGACAGAAUGAGACAUCAACUAAACAAGCGGAAGGCUGUUUCUGUCCUAAUGGAACCAUGCUGUAUGACUCUGGUGUGGAUGUCUGCGUGAAAACCUGUGGCUGUGUUGGAGUGGAUAUGGUACCAAGAGAGUUUGGAGAAAAGUUUACAGUGGACUGUAAGGACUGUAUUUGCCUGGAAGGUGAACAUGGCAUUGUAUGUGAGCCUCAUGUAUGUGAUCAAAAGAAGGUCACUUGUGAAGGAGAAGGCUUCUAUGAAGUCACUGAAGUCAAUCCUAAAGACUCCUGCUGCCCUCUUUUCACUUGCAAAUGCAAUACAAGCUUGUGCACAGCUAAAGCCCCCAAGUGCUCACUGGGAUUUGAAGUUCAUUCUUAUAUUCCCAGUGGUCAGUGCUGUCCUGUAUACCAAUGUGUUCCCAAGGGGGUUUGCGUACAUGAGAAUGCUGAGUUCUUGCCCAACUCCUCAGUCUUUGUUGACAAGUGCCAGAAUUGUGUCUGCACAAAUGAUGUUAAUGUCAGCACUCAACUGAAUAUAAUCUCCUGUGAACGUGUCCCCUGCAACACAUACUGUCAACCAGGAUAUGAACUUAAACCAGUGAAAGGCGAAUGCUGUGGAAAAUGUGUGCAGACCAAGUGUAUUAUAAAGACAUCAGACAAUUCUGAACUCAUCUUGAGUCCUGGAGACUUUAAAAAUGAUCCUCACAACAACUGCACCAUUUAUAGCUGUGUAGAUGUCCACGACCAGCUUAUUGCUUCCACAUCUGAGAUUACCUGUCCAGCAUUCAAUGAAGACAGCUGCAAACCUGGAACUAUUUCAUUCUUACCUAAUGGUUGUUGCAGAACAUGUGCCCCUCUGGACAGCAGCACACCGUGCUCUGUGCGCCACAGAAAAGACUUUAUCGUCUACAAUGGCUGCCGCUCCGUGGACAGAGUUGACAUGACUGAAUGUGAAGGAACAUGUGGAACCUUCUCGCUAUACUCUGCUGAGGCCAAUUCCAUGGACCACAGCUGCUCCUGCUGCAGAGAAACAAGCACCACUGAGAAGCACGUGGUUCUGAAAUGCCCUGGUGGGCACGCAGUGUCACACAAGUACAUCUACGUGGAGAGCUGCAGCUGUCAAGACACUGAAUGCCAGAGGCCAGAGUCCAAUGAGCUGCAGAAGAAUGAAGUAAAUGACAAGACGACCGCUCUGAACAGGAUCAAGAGAGCCAUCAGCUUAACAUCAAAAUGAAGGCAAAAAACCCCUCUGGCAUUAUUGACUGAAAGGACUGUGAACCAUUCUUAGCUUCCUUGACUACUUUUGAACUUUACUUUUCCCAGUAACUGCAUCCUGUUUGUUCUCUAAUUAAUUAACUGUGCCCUAUUUAUUUGUGCACAAAAUAAGAACACAAAUUUGUAUUCUUACAAGUGCACAACCUCUUGAGUCCUUUCCAAAUCCUCUGAAUGAUUAAAAGCACAUCUCAAAAAGCA